AUGAAUUUUCCAUACAAUAUACUAAUUGUGGUAAUAAUUGGCGUAUGUCUGCCCAAACCGGGCCAACCGGCCGGCCGUAGACCACAAGCUGUUGAGCAGCGAUACUGUGGUCUCAUGUUUGACAAGGAGUUAGAAAUGAUCCGCACGAUUGACAGCCGGGCCAUCGCUCAGGCGUAUAACAUUGGUCAAAACGGAUCCCUAUGUAUGACCACAUGCCGUAUAUUGACCAGGGGCAAUGUUAAGCCCAUGGAGGCUGUACCAUCGCCAGAUUAUAUUCAAUGCGCAAUCGGACCUCAA